AUGUCAAAGAUGUCAUUACCAACAACAUCCACUGCCUUCAACAAUGUCAUUGAUGAGACAUGUUUGAUGCUGUAUGGAAUAGUAUCAAGAUUGGAUUCAAAGCAACAACAACAACAUGUACAGAUUGCAAAGAGAACACUUGGACAAUAUAAAGCAUCGGCAACACUAUCUAUCGAUAUAAAGAAUAAGACUAUUGGUUGGAGUAAGGAGUCGCCAUCAUCGGAUGUAUGCCAAAUAUAUCAUGAUCCAAUCAAUCAAGCGUUCAAGUACUUGAUGGCCAAGAAUGGCUUGGAACACAUCAAUGCUGCUGGUGUACUCAACAUCAACGUGGAGUUCUUUGAAGGACAUUGUUAUAUGGCAUCAUACUUCAAUGGUCAUGGAGUGAUUGAUCAAUCAAUUGUCGAUGUCUCUGGCGGUUCACCAGUCCUCACAUCAUUGUUGCUUACCUUCAUUAUACAUUGUGUGUUGGCCAAGAAUAGCCAGCCACAUCGCGAAGCCCUGCACUCCACACUCUCCUACCUACAACGAUUACACCACGAUGACAACACAUCAUUCAACAAUCUGAUCGACCACCUAAAGAGCGAGUCCAACCCAAUCGAUGCCAAUCAACUGUUUGCCACUCUGGUCAUGGACACGAUCGAGUUGAAUGCCGAGUUCAACGACGAGCUGAAGCAGGCUGGUCUGGCGUCGUAUGUCACGAGUCAACAGUUGGAGAACGCUCUAUUUGAGCAAGGCGCUGGCGCCGAGGGUAGCAGCGCGGCGACCCGUGAACAGCUCGUCCAGCUGAUCAACCGACGAGACUCACGAGUCUCAUGCUACUUGUCGCAAUGUUUGUUCGACCUGCCUUACAACCGCCAAGACCUGCGCCAGGCAUUGGCCAUUGACGACACAAAGUACCGUCGCGAAGCUUGCUACCAGGUGAUCAGGAAGUUUGAUCAACGUGUAGAGUCUGCCAACGCCGUGCGUGUGUCGAACCAGGUUCGCGAGACCUGGCUAUCGGACACCGACUCGUUCUCGCCAACGAUAGUUGUGGGACGUGAGAGUCGCGCGUUCUCCAACCAAGCAACACUUUUUGCCAGCUCCAACUACAUUAGGAUCGACGACUCGAUUCGAGAGCUAAUCGUGGCGCUCAUCAAGUGUUCGUCGGACGAGCAUGUUAGACAGUGUUUCGCGAAAUUGAAGCCACCUCAAUGGGCGACAACUGAGAUCCAGCAGGUUUGUGACAAGCUCCUCAAGCUCACCGAGCAUCUGCAACCUGUGAUUGGACGAUUCCGUGCGUUGGUCUCAUCGGUCAACGACAAUUUGACCUCGGCCACACAGUUCCAAGGUGCCCUACAGCAUCUACGCGAAGUGUUGACUAUUGUCAGCACCAAGAGUGUGGCUGUGAUUGAGGACACACAAAAGGUGAACCUGUCCAGGCGCGCAGAGGGCGUGCAUCGCAUGGUCGACACAUCAAGUUCAAUGCACAAGGUGUUCCGCGACCUCCAUGCCGUUGUCGAUGAUCUGUAUGGCCGUGCGCGAUCUUCCAUCUGGACGAACCUCUACGACUUGGAGGAGCGCCUGCACUCAAUGCCCGCCGUCCCCAGCUCCUUCUCCAUCCUGCUUCAACGACCAAGUGUAAGUGGCAGUGAGCGAUUCAGAACGAAUGAGCUCGAGCCCAAGCUGGAGCAAGAAGAGGUGCUGCAGAAGUUGGUUCGCAUCGGUGGCUCCAACUUGUAUAUGUCACCAUCGAACGAUUGGGUCGAACAGGCUACCGAUAUCAUCGAGGCCAUCCCACUGUUCAUCUAUGAGCGCACGAUCGAGGAGGAUGGCAAACACACGACAGUGUUCGAGGUCGACCAGGAGGGUUUGGAGCAGACAAUCCGCGCUCUGGCCGAGCAGUGGAGCAAGAACAUCCAGCUCACCAUCCUGUCGGAGCACGUGGCAUUGGCUCGCGACCUGCUCGUGUGUUCCGAUUCCAAGUUGCAACAGAAUGUCGACAAGCUUAUGAAGUCGGAUCAUGUCACACGCCACACUGCUAUCUGUCUAACACUGGCACCACAUGUCGAUCAGAUCGUUCGAGUCACUGCUCACAUCGAGGCUGUGUAUGACAAGAUGGCAGAGAAGGUCGAGGACACUGUGGAGAUGAACUGGAAGCAAUCAAACUUCAUCACUAGGAUAGAAGCACUCAAGAUGUUGCUGCUUGGAGACAUGUUGACCAACACUGACAAGGUUGUUGAAGAGAGCAAGCGCAUUGUCACACAGGCAAUGUCAUGUGAACCAGUUGACAAGAAACAUCACGAUCGCAUCUCAUUCAUGGCGCUCAAGAAGCAACGACAGAUGCCAGCCUUCCAUCUUCUAACCACCGAGGCGCCUGGUCUCGUCGAAGGAUUCAUCCAAGCUGUUCUAGAGGAGGAGAUGACACUCAAGAACAUUGUAGAGUAUUAUAAGUUGGUGUCAGAGGUGCGAGAGAGGAUCAAUCAGUAUAAUAGGGAGUUUGCAAUCAUUGGUCGCAAGGUGAUUGAGGAGUUCAGUUAUCAACCUAUACUGGAUCAGUACCAGACUCAAAUGUCAUUGGAUGAGAACAGAGCAAUCCUACGUGUACUUGGUGAUCAUGUUGUAAUUCAAAGACAGGUGGCAUUGUUGUCUGUGCUCUAUGAGUGCGACAGACUUAGUGCCUCAUCAUCAUGGUCUCUGGAGGAAGCUGUCAAGAAGGAGCCAAACCAGGUGCUCGGUGUGAUGGCGGCCAACGACUCAACACAUUUGUCCGGAGCAGCAUACGAGUUCAUCUUUGUACAGAACAGGAAUGAUGCAGAGUUCCAGAGGUUGGACUUUGCUCGCGAUCGCGCACAGAUAGAGAGCAUCAUCAAGCAGUCCAGUGUAUAUAGACAGGAGUUUGAGAACUACGUCAAGUGCGAGUCGAGACGCAUCGCCCUUGAACAACUGGAUUGUGAGCGUCCCGAUCUGGCGCUGCAACAACGCGCCAACAAAUAUCAUCGCAGCCGCACUGCAAUGGCUUCGACGACUGCGCGUCGCGAGGUCGUUGCCAAGCACCACCUGCAUGACCAGAUGUCCAACCCAAGGUUCGCUUACAGCUGUGGUGUGAUGUUCCCUUCGCCAUCGAGCGCCACUGGCGAGAUACGUCCAUCUGGCUCACGUAAGCGUUAUCACUUUGUCUACGGACCAAGUCGUGUCAAUCUGGGCAAGGAUGAGCGCAAGUCUGUGGAGAUAUGGCCACAGUUUGUUGGUGUGACCGAUCCCCUGUGCGCCAGACAUGCCCGUGCAUUCUACCAACUGAUGAACUACAACCCGAUCGUUCGCACGACCACCGCUGCCGAGAAUCUCAAGGUCAGCGAGAACCAGUGGACAGCCCUGGUGCGCUCCAUUCGCAACGUUCAGGCAUUGUUUGUCGAGAGGCUGGGUGUUGGCGAUAUUGAGGACUUGGCAUACCAAUUCAAUCAACGUGGUGGCCUAGCAGUUGCCGCACACAAAGAGGCCGAAGGCUACAUGAGUGGCCCGACAGCAGGCUACUGCAUACCCAAGGACUUGCUAUUCAAACUGUUCGUGGUCACUCAUCAAGACUCUCGAUUCGCCAGUGCUGGCGAGUGGGAACGCUGGGCUGCCGACCAGUUCCUCAGUGAACAGGCACUCCAGAAACGAUUCCACUCUCAACAAUCAAUGAGCAAUGUACGCGAGUACUUCUCCCAAUACAUUGAGCUCAGUGGAGGGGUUAUCCUGUUGCAUAUCGCCAAGCUGGCUCAGAUCCUUGGAUCCGUUGGUGUACCUUCGCCACUCGUAUCAUGGGGCCGUGACCUGCACGCGGCACUAUGGAGCGCAUGGGCCGAGAAGAAGAUCACACUGGGCGGUGAACAAGUCAAUCGAUCAGUCGUCUUCCCAAUGACUCGCGAGAUCCCAGAGUCUGGAAAGCUUGCCAUCAAACUCAAUCCAAAGGCUGCCCUCCCCGAGGAGGAGUCUUUGCGUGUCCACCUCUUUGGUGUGUACAAGGGCGAUGACGAUCAGAAGCCCCCACCCGACGUCCGAUUCGCCUGGGUGAUGCGUGCAUUCCUCAUCCUCUCUGGACACUACCGCGAGGUCGCGCUGUCCCUGGACGAGGAGGGCCAGCUGAUUGCUCGUUUGAGUUGGGUCGGCUUCUUGCCUCACUCAUCCGAGCCCGAGGACAUCAAGAUCCGUCGCUAUCUGGCCACACACUUCCUCUCGCUCGAUGACUUUGACAACAACAACCAACAGCACUCAGACAUGAUCACCAGGCUACAACAAUUGUUCCCACCUCAUACAACAGUAGGAGACAUCACCAUCACUGCCGUGCCUGGUGUUGAUAGCGAGGAUCUGUUGGGCUUUAGCGCAGAGACACUCACACUUCUUGGAGACGAGGCCAGUUACGCACAAGAGUUGUUGCGCAGUCGCGGUAUCUCUGUGGAUCAAAUGAAGGCCAACGCACAGCUGCACAGACGAUUCAUCGAUGAGUGGAUACCCCUGUCCAACCUGCCAAAGAAUGAACAGCUGGCAUUGAAGCGCGAGAUUGGUGGCAGGAUACACCCACUGUCCUUGCGUCUGCGUGGCCCAGGAGACAACUUCCUGCGCGACCUCCAAGGUCAGGACAUUGUCGUGUUCUCAAUAACUCAUCCACAACUCCUAGCCAUGAACCCGGCAACUCUACGCGACCUGAUGCUCAUUGGUCGACCAAACAGCUCACUUGUUGCGCAUGACCAUGUGUCACAGGGUCGCCAUCGAUGUUGGUUUGAGCGGGAUGUCAUGCUCUGGUAUGCUGCCUGUCGUGGCAUCGAUGAGCAGGGCAAUCGCAUCACCAAUUGGAAGGAUCGCAGCACAAGAGGUCGUCGCUCAGUCUACAAGGCAUUCGGCUGGGGCACUGACCAGUACCAGCCAAUUCUAGGCACAGACCUCAGAGAGGAGGUGGCACGCCAAGAGUCUCGCGCCAUCCAAGCCUACGAGUACCUGGAGAAGAUUGCCAACCUCACACAACAGCAGCUGGACGACAAGACCGAGUUGGCAAAGCUGGUGCACGAGAUCAACACACGUCUGUUUGGCGUUGGCCUUGUCGCCGUGUCAAAGUCUGCGCCACCCAGUCUCCACUCAUCACAGUUGCAGAACGAGAUCGACAUACUUGUACAAUACGAACAGCGUGUAUUGUUGGCCAACAGAUAUAGACGACGCGAUGUAGUCAUUCGCGAGUCACUCGAAUCACUCAGAGACGCACCUCAUGCCGGAUCCUUGUCCCCACUGGCGUUCCUUGCCAUUGGUGGAUACCUUAUACUCAAUGGAUCACCGUCACGUUCCAUCAAUCGUUCAUUGACCACUAUCCAACGUGCCUUCAAUCGCAUCAAUGGUGUGGCACACAUUGAUAUUAUCCAGUUUGAGUCCAACGAGCGCUUCACUAGCAUGCUCACUCCACAGCUCGCCACUGCCAAGCUACAGCUCAAGGAUCGCAAGGGCAAGAUGUUCAGUGUCAAGGCAAGCGAGGAGCAUGUCGAGACCGCUGUGACACGUCGCAAAGAGUUGGAGACACAGUCAAAGCGCAAUGCCGUACUCAAGUUCCGCGAGAAUGGAUUCAGCUCACUGGGAGCCCUGCAUGAUCAGCUCAAGUCAACACAGAUGCGCGAUGUAACAAUCGACUAUAUGUACACUACAUUGCUCACACCGAUCCAUGACAAUCUCAACAAGUUGGCCAGCAGUCUGCUCGAGGAGACAUUCAACAUGUCUACAAUUGAGCGUUCCAACCUAACCCUUGGCUCCACGUACAACCUGUGCGCCAAGGCAUUGCUACUUCUAGUCAAUCGUUACAACCCUCCCAACGUCGACAGGCUGAGGACAUUGAUCGCCCAGAUGGCCGGCCAGGCGGCAGGUCGCGAAAUAGACCUUCGCAGUUGGGACGAGCUCGUGGGCUCAUACGAGGAGUUUGGUGCACUCAAUCAACUUUAUGAAUGCGCACACAAGGUCGACCCAGCAAACUGGAUCAGAGUGACAUCAAUCACAACAGAGAUCAUGGCCGUGUUGUUGUUGUUGGAGAAGGCCGCACCAUACCUGUCGACGUCCACUGAAGACAUUGCCGAAGCCAGCGUGUGGCGUAGUUUGGCUGAGUUCUUUGCCAAGACCAUCGACGAUCACUACUCUGAGUACACACCAUGGUGUCUUGAUCCCAAGCGCUAUCCACUCUUUGGUCGAUACUUUGAUGACAUUGGAAUAAUGCGUGCUGAUUCACGUGAGCAACAAUAUCAACUCUACUGGCAGUCACAUCGCGCGCUCUACCGCUUCAUCCGCGCGCUCAUCACUACCAAGACCAACAGUAUCCAGAAGCAGCUUGGCAACGACAAGACCCUCUUUGACCUAUUUGUUGGCGAUGUGAAAAUAGCCUCAUCUGGUGUGGACAUGGACUCUGUCAUCGUCCAACCAAUUGGCGCUGGCAAUGGCAACAAUCAAAGAUCGUUCGAACAACUGUGGCGUGUGUACAAUCAACUCCGUGAGGUGGCCUUCAUCAAGAAUGAUGGCUUCCAGACACCCGUGGUAUUUGAUCGUCUUGACGCCAAUGACAACAAGGGCCUCGACGUCAAAUCGCGCGUCAACCAUGCUUUCCUCAGUCCAAUCGGUCGAACACAUUACUCUCGUGCAAUGAUGGAGGGACCGACACUUGGUGACAACCUAUUCAUUACACGUGAUGGACUGAUGCAAACGCACAACGAUCGAUCAUUCCUCACGAUCGACAAUGCAGUGUUCUGGUGCAGUGAGCCACAGCUCAGACAUUACUUGGCCGCGGCCAAAGGACUGUCCGCUGACAAGGUUCAAUCAUUCAUUGCUGAGCUGGCUGCCAACAAACAACUUCACGCCAAGGGUGUGCUGGUGGCUGCACGUUUCACCUCGCCAAUCAUAGUUGGCAGUGUGGUCACAUUGCAUCACCAUCAUCUCGAGUCUGCGCUGUCGAAUGCAGGCUACCCCUCGACAGACAAGUCACCAUUCCUCUACGAGAUGACCUACAACAAAUCAUUGUACCCGCUUAUAUUCAAUCCAAGCGACAAGACACAAGUGUUGCUGCCACAGGAGAUUGAUUGGCUGCAAAUCGAGACCACCCAGAUCAUCAAUCAAACCCAAGACAGCGAGCAAGCCAAGCAGCAAACAUUGGACAAGAUCAGAGCACGUUUGAUACCCUUUGUCAAGGAGCAUCCAAUCAUCAUUGUUAAGGGUGCGGCUGAGUCUGGCGCCAGGAACCUCUCUCGUUUCGACCUCCUCUCGAGCUCAGGCGCAAGCACCGGCACAGAUCUUGACGAGACAGCACUGGACAAGGCAUCACAGUUCAUCUAUCAUGUGUCAAAGGCACAGAAUGUUGUGAUACAACGUGCAAUCAUUUGUUCACCAUUGUACUGGAUGAGUCCAAGUGCUAUUGAUCGUAUGGUUGAGCGACAGAUUGCUGAUCAUGGUGUUGCCGUUGAGCUCAACAGACAUCCAAAGGACACUGUCUAUGGUACACUACGUGUGAUCAUGUCUACUAGUGUGCCCAAGUCAGGCGACCUCACCAAUCAUGAGAACUGGAGCGCAUCACAUCCAAUCGCAUUGAACAGUCUACAGAUCGCCACCAAUGUAGGUCGCCAGGGCUCUCUAGAGAUCCUCACGCCCCAGAUGAUCAGUCCACAUCUCCAGUCCAUAUUCAUCAGCAAGUUGGAGGAUGCAGGUCGUCGUGUGAUGUCGGCCAUCGCACAAUUUGGACCAAAGUAUUGGAGCGAGAAGGUCGAGCUCUAUGGACACACGAUGAACUCAUACCAUGAGCGAUUCCCUCAUAUCAAGGAGAAGGAUGCCACGGGCACACCCAUCUGGUGGCCAAGAUAUCUGAUGUUGGACUUCAUCCCCGAGCCCAUCUGGGUCAGGAAGGGCACCAAUGAGCGACUGAAGCCCACGGCAAGACUGCUAGACAUCGUGCCAUACCAUCAAAGUACCAAACAGGCGGUGUUCACAUUCAAGGACGAUGUUGAUGGUCAGGAGUUUGAGGCAGAGAUCGUAGACAUGCAGUUCUGGCAAUUGGAACCAAACGUUGGUAUUGGAUUGUGGCCAAACUAUUGGAAGAGAGAGAUGGAGAACCAGGUACAGGUAGCCAAGAACAACAACACGUCAUCAAUUGAUUGGUCACAGGUUGGUGUUAGUGAUCGUAUCGUAAUGGGUAACUUCCUAAAUGUUGGACAACUGUUCCUGGAUACCCUGCCCAAGGACUCAUGGACCAUCCUGCAUCAUGGUGGUGGCAAGGAUGACACGUCGCAUCCACCCAUCCCAGCCCAAUCCCAUCAACAACAACAUCAGCAACAUGUCCAUCACAACACGUCAACAAAGGACAUUACCGACUCAUUGAUCGCAGAUCCUAACCUCUCUGGCCUGAAAGACACACCGCCAAAGUACUUGGAAGAGGGUCUACGGGUAUUGAGUGCCAAGGAUUCAAGCAAAUCGAACAGCAAAGAGACAUUGAAGAGAUUGGUCGAACAUUCAUUGGAUCGACAGUUGAGUAAUCAGAUGACGCCAGACCUGGAGAUAUUGGAUUCAAUCGAUGAUGAUGCACUCUCAAAGAUAUUCUCGACUGAUCAUCAACAUGUGACGUGUGCGAUCAUUGUUGGCAAGACCACGUUGAUGUUCAAUCACCUCUAUCCAUUCUUCCACUCCCUACAGUCCACCUCCAACGUACCAAUCAAUCUGAUUGGACUACACUACAGUUGGAUCGAUAAGAGUGACAACAGACUCCGACUCAAUAGAUGUGUGGCCAUGUCCCGAGACACUCGUGGUAGUGAUGGCACAGUAUUCAUUGAGUUCCCUCUGACCCCCGAGCAGAGUGACAGACAUGUCAACAUCGCGACAUGCUAUCUCCUCGAGCUCCCCAAUCAGGAAAUGAACCAAGAGACGGAGUUCCAUCAUAAGCUCGACUCUGAACUGCGACAAGAUGGUAUACAUGUCCUCAACGAUUACCUUGGAAGCAAUGAGCGAUGUGAUGACAAGUAUUGGUUGAGAUCAAAGAUGACCAACUCUGGACUGUGCAGCUUAUCAGGCGUCAUGGUGCUCCCUACAGUCUCUCUCCCUGCGGAUCUAUGUGUCACCAAGGAGGACAUCAGAUUACAUGCUCAGUCAAUCAUACAACAGAGCGAUCACUCCUGUGGCAUCAUAGUUCAGCCUCAAUCCAACACAACAGAGUCUGAACAUGUGACAUACUUCACCACCGAUCAGCUGGAUCAAUGCUUUCAACAGGCAAUAGAGUUGUUUGACAUUGGAUAUGAUCAUGUCAUGCUCACCCCAUUUGUCAAGUCGAUCAAGACCAAGAGUGAUGGAGUAUCAUUCAUUGUAAGAUUGAAUGCAUCAAUUGGAGGUUUGACAACUAUUGCUAUUGUCAAAGCUGGCAGUCCAAAUGAAACGAUCAUAUCACCUGGUAUCCGCAAGUCAAGAUUCGUCCGAGUGUCAAGCAUCCUACAAGACCUCCCCAAGCCUAUCACCACUUCGCACUGGAGACAAUGGAGUUCAAUUGCUCAAGACAUCCUUGAAGAGACUGGACUGCCCAUCGUUGGAAUUGACAUGAUACUCACCUGCGAUCUCACUCCAUUCAUUGUGGAAGUGAAUGCACGUCCAGGCAGUCUCAUAUUUUCCGAGGAGCUACAGUUUGAUCAGAAUGGCCAACUAACUGGUUCAACAAUGGCCACACCAGUGAGCAAGGGAUUCUGGUACAAUGUGUGUCGCAACUCUUCAUUGAGUAUCAGCAAUCUAUCACAUUUGUUGACAAACAAGUUGUUUGUUUCACAAUUAUUCCAGUCUAGAUAUUCUUUGGAAGAUCGUGUAUUGAUGGAUCGCCAACAUACAAUGGUGGAGCUACUUCAACAUGCAAUGGCCAAUGGAUUUGUCAAAGAGAAUCCAUGUGUAGUUGCUGCUUCCAAUGGAAGAGAUCGUGUGUUCAUGGGUCAUAGUGAUCUCAAAGGGCUUGGAGGAUUCACAAUCAAUGCAACAACACAGAGUGAGAUAUUAUGUGUUGCUCAGCUCAUCUCUGAUGUCUCGACAUCUGGCAGCGUCAUACUCUACAAUGUGAACGCUCAAACAUUCCCCAAUGCAUCAUUCACAAUAGAUCACAUCAUUCAACAACUUAGCGGAAAUGUCCAAGGCCAGGGACAGGGUCAAGGCCAGCCCAUUCCAACACUUUGGUCAACAAAACAGUGGGACAGCUACAUCAAGAGUACUCUAGCAUACAUACUUUCAACCAACAACGUGGACAAGUAUCCAAGCUAUGUUGUCCAGGACCUACAAGGAUUGAAGGAUCAACGCAAGUCAAUCGUGGCAAUAUUCUCUGCAAAUGGUGAGCUGGGUCUGCCUCACAGUGGUGGUGUUAGCUCAAGCUCCGCACUCACAGGUGCAUUCGCAUUGUCAUUGGACAAAAUGUUCAAUUGGAAGUUGUCAUUGGAGCAGCUGGCCGAAAUGGACUUUGGCGAGUACUACCUUGGAAAGGCAGCCGGUGCCUCGGACAAGACUGCCCAGCUCUUUGCCAAAAAGGGUCAGAUCUCUGUGGUGGGAUCAUUCCCUGAGAGAUUCAUCAAGACACUUCAUUUCCCAAAGGAGAUCGUUGUGAUGAUGGCUGAGAGUCCAAUUCCUCGUCUCUCAACACAGAGUGCCAGAUCAUGGAUUAUCGAUCGCAUCGCUGAUGGCUACAUCAAGGGCAGCACAACCACUGCAGAUCAGGUCACUCAAUGGGCACAUUCAAUCAUGAAGUCAUUCUGUGCCACAUCAUUCGUCGAGGCAAUAGCAAUGUUGAACCAAAGGAUAUUCUUUGCCAAAGAGGAGACCAUGCGUGUCACUGGAUUGGAUCAACGACAGAUCAAUGCCAUCACCAAGUGUUUGAGUCCUAACCUGGACAACAACACCCCUCCCCUACUUCGUGAGCUGGCUGCCGGUGGACUUAUCGAGACUGAGCUCCCCGAACUCAAAGACAACAUAUACAAUCGAUACAUACUCACCUACCGACUACUCAAAGCACUUCCAGAGCAGUCCGAUGUUGGUGGUGUGACCCUUUGGCUCAGGAAGUCUGUACUCUAUGCAUUGUCAGAGAUUGAAAGAGGUAUAGAGUAUAAAAGGAUAAUUGGUAGAUGGGUGACAUAUGAAGAGAAGGCUAAUGAGGAGACGACAAGAGAGUUGAUGAGGAUUGUAAAGGCAGCUCAUGAUGGUGACAAACAAACAGUUGACUAUAGGAACAACUUUGAGACUACUCCAUGGGGAGUGCUCGAGCAACACUCAUGCAGUGAUCAACAACUCGACAAGUACAUCCAAUUCCUCACAAACAACAUCGAUAGCGCACACAAAGAUUGUAAUCUUGCCCAUGUGCCAGGUGGAUUCCAAAGAUCAUUGCCAGAGAUUGAUCAGUUGGCUGACUCCAUCUAUCAACAGUUCAAGGGUUUGGCAGCACUUAGAGUAGCAGCCGCAGGUCUUGGUGGCAGUUUCGCAGAGUUGAUCCAGGUUCACCAAGUGGUAUCCUGUUUUCUUAAUUGGAUGGAUGGUGGAACACACACUUAUAAUAUAUAG